AUGGAUGAAAAAAUUAAAAAUAAACGUCUACCUAAAUCGCUUGAGGAUGAACUGAAAAAAAUAGCCCAACAACCAUCGUGGAAGUCUGACAAUGAAGGUAUCCAUGAGAGAGUCAACUUUGACGACACCAUAUGGGGCUUCCACCUGGCUGGAGGAGCGUAUUACAAUACUCCGCUGAGAGUCACACAUAUAAAACCUGACAGCCGCGCAGAAAAAGCAGGCAUCCAGAUUGGUGACACUCUACAAAGGAUUAAUGGAAUUGAAACAUCCACUCUCACCAUACAAGAAGCCCACGACAUGAUCGUAAGUUCGGGCAUCGAAAUCAAAUUGGGAUUUACUGCGCCCGACAUCGAUGAAGCCACACAUAGUGUGUACGUGGAUGAGAUUGAUGACGAAGAAGAACAAAGAAGACUUUUAAUGAAAUUAAAAACAUCGAUUAAAGAUUAUAAGUUCAAAGGCGCUAAAACGAACGACGCCUGGAGCAUGGCCUGGCCGUGUAACAAGAAACGUGACGUCAUGUACCGCGAGUCCAACUGCUUUCUUGUGCCCAGCGCGUACCAGAAGAAACACCCGGAUAAAAUUCUGAAAAAUCUGAUGGGCGCAGUCGCUUAUAUAGGUCAAUAAAGAAAAAUAAUAGUAUGGUAAAAUAUAUUUAUUUUAAAUAAGAGUAAGGUUAAUAUAUUGUGAAAAUUAAGAAUAAAAUUUGUUCGUAGC